AUGGAGUUGUUUCCUGCGCCGGAGAACCCGCUGCGCCGGGCUGGGCCCAGUGGGCGCGGGAAUUCGUUCCUGCUGGUGGCACCCCAUGCCGUGGCAGAGCUGGAGGGUGUUGGGCCAUUCAUACAGGGAUGGCCUGGCAACAGGCUCGAAGUGGCGGAGGAAAUGGAUGAGUGGCACGACCAUGGCAGCGGGGAAGCUUUCGAAGCGGCCUGCGCACAGCUGGCAACGCCUGGCUUCCGCCCAGUGCUGCCACGUGGCCUCCUGGACUUGAAUCGUGGCUGGCGAGGCCGAUCAGAAGCCGCAGAGAGCCUUUUUGGGAAGGGUGCUCUGAGCAGCUGGGCGCUGCAGCGCUUGAAGCCCGGUGCACCUGAGGCCCUGGAGACCUGGUAUCGCGCUUGUUUGGAGCAGAUCCGGGAGGCCUCUGCAGAGUGUCGGGGCUUCGUUGAGAUCCACAGCUACGGGGACCUGGGCUCCACCUACGACAUGCAGAACGGGGGACGGCCACUGCGCCGCAGCGAGGCCGCGGUGGUGCUGUCCACCCCUUGGGCCACACAGCGGCCCGUGGGCCUGGCGCGGCUGCUGCCAGGGGACCUCCGGGGCACUCCGAAGGAGCUGCAGCGAUUUCUGGACCUGUCGCUGGAGCGGCACGGCUUUCAGCUGGGCCCCAGCCCCUACCCGCUUCAGGGCCCUUGGGCUCUUUCCACGCGCUUUCUGGCGGCCAGAUGGUUUCACUGGCUGAAGGAGCAGGGCCACCUCCCGGCGGAGACAGCAGAGCACCUGGCGCUCCUGGCUUGGAAAGAUGAGCAGGAUGCUGAGAUGGAGGCCGUUGCAAUGGGCACAGUGCCGGAGCAUGGGAACUUUCGCGGGGUGCGCGACUUGGCACUGAAGAUGGGCGAGUGGUCGCAUGCCGCUGGCCAGCUUGGGGAGGUCUUUGCUAGGUCCGGUUGCUUCACUCUGGUGGUGGAGAUGCGGUGCGACCUGGUGAAACAUGCUGAGAAGCUCGGGGCUGCAGUGGCAGAGGCAUUGAGGCAGUACGUCGAUGGAACAUGUGAGCAAGCUUGA